CUAAAAGAGAAGGGGCAGGCCCAGCUCAAUCGGCUUUGUGGAUUACAGAAGAGGAAGAACCGAAGGAGGGAAAGAUCCGGUCAUGGGCGGAGACGACGAUGUCGGGAAAGGCACCGCCGAGGACCCGGCGAAGUUGGAUGACGAGCAGCUAUCGGAGCUCCGCGAGAUCUUCCGCUGCUUUGACCGGAACGACGACGGCAGCCUCACCCAGCUCGAGCUCGGUUCCCUCCUCCGAUCCAUCAGCAUCAAGCCCUCCCCCGACCAACUGGAUGCCCUAAUCCAGAGGGCCGACAUCAACUCCAACGGCCUCAUCGAGUUCUCCGAGUUCGUCGCUCUCGUCUCGCCGGAUCUCGUCGCCGCCAAGUCCCCCUAUACGGAGGCGCAGCUACGGCGUCUGUUCGAUAUGUUCGACCGCGACGGCAACGGGUACAUCACUGCCGCCGAGCUCGCCCACUCCAUGGCCAAGCUAGGGCACGCCCUCACAGCCAGCGAGCUCACCGGCAUGAUCAAAGAGGCCGACACGGAUGGCGACGGCCGGAUAAGCUUCCAGGAGUUCUCCCACGCCAUCACCUCGGCCGCCUUCGACAAUUCCUGGCACUAAAGCCCGCUCCAGCCUUCGUCGUCAGUUACCAAAUCAAAAAAACUCUCUCCUUUGCAAAUUUCAUUUUAUGUUCUUCGAUGGAUUGCCACCACUGAUUGAUUAUAUUGGAAAAAUGGAAUUUUAUAAGAUUUGUACAUAAUUUUUCAAGAUGCGUGCUAAAUUAUUGUUUUAUUUUCAUGUGAAUCAAAUGUUUGUUUUUCUAAUUUUCUGUGAUUUCCUUGUUAUGCGUUUCCAUUCCGCUUCAUGUUCUGAGAUGGGAUUCUCAGCUUGUUGAAAUUCAUUGUUCAUGGCAAAAUUUUGAUACCGAA